AUGCAGCUCACACCCCUCCUUCUCUUGGCCUCUGCGUCAGCCAUCGCUGCGGACGCAGCACUCCGCGGCGCGGCUACCGGCUCGGGCGCCAGCGAAGUCGAGACCCCCGUCCAUGGCAAUGAAGAGGCGGGCUCGCUCAUUCGCGGUUGGCGCAACCUUGAGGACAACGACGACAAGGAAGCCGGCUCGCUGAUCCGCGGUUGGCGCAACCUUGAGGACAACGACGACAAGGAAGCCGGCUCGCUGAUCCGCGCCAGCUACGUGACGCCGCCGCUUCUCGGACUGCCACCCGGCGCGAUCGUGGCCCAGCUGCACUCACUCGUCGUCCAAGCCCAAGUCGGCUGGGCCGUCUACUAUGGCAUCCUCGGCACCUGCGACGCCAUGCCAGGCGACGUUCUUGUGCCCGCCUCCUCGCGCCUAUGA